AUGGCUGGUCUAUUAAGCUACCAGAGGCAUUCAAGAAGUGCCUCAAGAAACUACGGGAGCUUUCUGCCAUGGUCAAGGUUGAAGUAUAAGACCCAAUCCUCUAGCAAGGCUUCUAGAGUAGCCAGUAGCCGAAACUCAGUUUUGAAUAGCAGCAAGGCAAUUGCCCAGAAUGUCAAUAUUGGUGUUAUGACGGCUAGGACACAGUCUGGGAGUGAAACACUAGAUGUUGAUAAGCACACAGUAGUUACAAUUAAUGACAAUUACAUUGAUCUGACAGCACAUGAAUUAGAGGAGAUUGACCGUGUAUCAGAGUUAAGCGAUUCCACUAAUGUUGAUGAUAUCAUAUUGGUGACCGAAGUGUUGAAGCCAGGAAAAGGAGUACUUGCCAUGCCAAUUGCCAUUGAUGAACCAUUUGACUUAAUGCCCCCUGAAGAUGAAGGCAUAUCUUAUGACUCCAGAGCUAUAGAGACUACCAGUUCUCUGUCUCAGUUUAUACAUAUGAGGGUGUACUGUGAUGAGAUGCACUUCUUUCUUUCGGCAAUAUAUGCCAAUCCUAAGGGGCACAUCCAAACCACGCUUUGGAAAGAGCUACAGAAACUUUCUAGGCAAAUAACUGAACCAUGUUUGAUAAAGGGUGAUUUGAAAGCAUUGAUGUUUGAUGUUUCGAACAAAGAAGAAAAGAAGAUGAGGCUUCAGCGUGUACAACAGCUACGCAUUCUCUUCUUUCCUGAAUGA